UUUUCAAAACGUUCGCAUCGGAAAAAGUGCGAAGGAGCCUCUACGCCUCGGUUCGACUGGGCCAUCGCGAUUUGUGGCAGUGUGAAAGGGAUGCAGCUAUCUGUAUAAGUAUUUCUUUCGAGUGCUCGUGCGAUCGGCGGUUAUAUUAAAGAUAUCCCACAGAAUAUACAUAUGUGGAUAAAUAUGUAUAUACGUGCGGAGUGCGCGCGUGUGUAAGUGAUUCAAGUGAACAAAAUUAAAUUGGAGAAUCAGCAUUGCGUGAAUUCCAUUCAAAAUAAUUGUAAACAAAUAUUCUGUAAUCUGUGGAAAGCGAAAUAACGAAAACAAUCUAUCUAUCCAUCAAUAUAUCUAUAGAGAACGCUCCGCUCUGAGGAGAUUUAUGGGAAGUGCGCUGCCAUUUAGGAAAAAGAACGUGUUCUAUUUUUAAAACACAGCUAAUUUUUGUGGACGUAAAUGUUUGUAUUAAGUUAAUAUUUCAAAAUUAAAUCAAACAAAACGUGAGCGAAAUCCCAGGGACAAGUGUCCGCAGAAGGAAACGUCUACCCCUGGAUUCGCCCUGGAUGUGGGAGAUCUCUCCUACGUAUGUGCCCCAUAUCCAUCGUGUAAUAAUUAUCCGCUGGUAAAUGCUACUAAAUAAUCGGAUGCAAAACGCACAUCGUCUGGUGCGAUUACGCAACGGAUCUAGAAUCUAGAAUUCGUUUUUGGUGAAUGAAAAAUUCCGCACACCUUGCGGACGGACAGGACAGCGGCAACUGUUGGAGCAGAAGGAGGAGUAGGAGCAGUUGCAGCGGAUGCUGCCCUCCUUCCCCAACGUCCAGCCUCAAGCCAUUCUAAAUGCGGAAAUAUUUUGUAAAGAGAAAAGCUGAUAAGUUGUACAAGAACAGAUGCAUCAUCUGUAUCCAUCGCUGAAAGGCGAUCAGCUAUGCCCACUCGGCUUCCAUCCCCAGACACGCUAUCCCACACGAUGUAAGCGUUGCUUUCGGGACUACAAGGAGCAUGGAGCCCGUCGACCUGGCGAAGAAGUGGCCGCCUCAUCACCAAAUCUCUCCGAUGCCCAGAGUUCGCGGCCUUCCUCUCGAACAUGGACUUCGACGCAGAACCUGAGCCUCAAUUCAAACAAUAGCAAUGAUAUAGAGCUAAAGAAGCGUCCACAGUCCUGGGCCUCCACGCCGGACAUUGAUGAUCCGGCGCAGCAGUCGGCGGCCCGCCGGCCAUCGACAACGUCGGGCAACAUUCGAGCCGCCGAUGAUCAUAAUGUGGCUGUUACGUUCAAGUUGCCGGUGGCGCCGCGUCGUCAUACGACCGCCUUGGACAUCAAGGAGGUGGAACAAGCGCUCACCCCAUCAUCAUCAUCAUCAUCAACCCGUGUCACAUCCUCACCCAGUAAAACUUCAAGUAUUCCAGAUGAGUUAGUCAUCCUAUCGACAGACAGUCUAGCCGAGCGUGUCCGCAAAAUGAAUCUCCUCAAGAAGCAGCGCAGCCUGAACUCGCGGGAAAACAGUCGAGAGCGAUCCGUACCCAGGCGUGAAGAGGACAGUGAUUCAGCGGCGGCAGCACCGCCGGCAGUUCCGGAUCGUCCAGAGCGUAGCAAGUCGGGUACUUCCUUGAACCAGAAUCCACCGCCACAGGCGGAACUGAAACGCGCCUCGCUGCCGCCCAAGAAAGUGGCUGCGCCACCGACAAUCACAGUCACAAGCAGCAGUGGUGGUGGUGGCACAACCACAACGAAAACCACAAGUGCAGUCUCCAGCGAGGUCAAGGCUUCAUCUUCCUCGAGUUCCACCACCAGCUCCAGUUCCACUCGUCGCAAAGAGGCGGAUGCAGGGCAGACCAGCAAAGAAAUCAAAAGACAAACAGUACCCACGAGCAGCAGCAGCAGCACCACCACCACCAAGGAUUCAGGGGCAAUGCAGGAGCAAAUGAAAACACUGCGAAGCGAGCUGGAUACCAUGAAGGCACGCGCCGAACGAGCCGAGAGGGAUAAGAGCGACAUACUGCUGAGGCGUCUGGCCUCCAUGGACACGUCAUCGAACCGAACAGCCGCCUCGGAAGCCCUCAAUCUCCAGCAGAAGCUGAAUGACAUGAAGGAGCAGCUGGACCGUGUCAGCGAGGACAAGCGCAGGCUGAAUCUACGCAUGAAGGAGCUGGAGAACAGGGGCAGCGAGUCGGAGCUGAAGCGCAAGCUGCAGGCGGCCGAACAGAUCUGCGAGGAGCUGAUGGAGGAGAACCAGACGGCCAAAAAGGAGAUACUCAAUCUGCAGGCGGAGAUGGACGAGGUGCAGGACACGUUCCGCGAUGACGAGGUCAAGGCCAAGACAAACCUGCAAAAGGACCUCGAAAAGGCCACCAAGAACUGUCGCAUCCUGAGCUUCAAGUUGAAAAAGAGCGACCGAAAGAUCGAAACCCUGGAACAGGAGCGUCAAAGCUCCUUCAAUGCCGAGCUAUCCACCAAGGUAAAGAAGCUGGAGGAGGAGCUGCGCUUCUCCAGCGAACUGACAAGAAAGUUGCAGAUCGAGGCCGAGGAGCUGCGCAAUCCGGGCAAGAAGAAGGCACCCAUGCUGGGAGUGCUGGGCAAGUCCACAUCGGCGGAUGCCAAGAUCACACGUGAGUCGCUAACACGCGGCGGCUCCCAGGAGGAUCCGCAGCAUCUGCAGCGUGAACUGCAGGACUCCAUUGAGCGGGAGACGGAUCUGAAGGACCAGCUAAAGUUUGCCGAAGAAGAGCUUCAGCGACUCGGGGCCAAGCGUGUUCAAUUCAGUUGCGGCACUCAGACCACACCCGAGCUGCCGCUCGAGGCGUUUGCCUUUCCGCGUGCCACUCAGACGGCGGCCAUAGAGCAGUGCGAUGCCAACACCAGCACGGAGAUGUCCGGACCCUUAGCUGAGGCUCACAGCCAAACCGAUUUCGAAUCGAUUGCCAGAAAUGCAUCGUGCGAACGGGAGACGACUCCGUCGCCAUUUGUGUCGCUCUUUGCACCCUCCACAUCCGGCAGAGUGGGCCAAUCGCGUUCUCUGCUCUUCCCCAGUGCCAUUUCGCAUGUUCUUCUGAAUGGAACAGCACGCAAGCUGAGUCCCACACCACAUGCCCAUCGACUGGCGCCCGAGGUGCAUGCGGAUCGUGAUGAGGGCAUCUCCGACGAGGAUGAUCCAGCCGAACUGCGCAUCCUGCUGGAGCUCAACGAGCAGGAGGCCUCGAUAUUGCGCCUCAAAGUGGAGGAUCUGGAGAAGGAGAAUGCCGAGUCCAAGAAAUAUGUGCGCGAACUGCAGGCCAAACUGCGACCGGAGGCUUCUAAUGGCAGCAAAUCAUCGCUGCUCAGCUUUGGCAGCUCCGCCUCCAGUGCGGCCGAAAAGAAGCUGAAAACCCUGAGCGAAGAGUUGACGCAGCUGCGGAAGAGCCUGCAGGACAAGGAGCAGACAGUGGACACCCUGAAGGAGCAGCUGAGCAAACUGAGCAGCCUGGAAACGGAGAACGACAAGCUGUCGAAGGAGAACAAGCGUCUGCAGACGCUGCGCAAGGCCAACGAGAAGACGGGCGAGGCGGAUCUGUCCAAGAUGAAGGAGACUCUGACGGUGGCCCAGCGGGAGAGGGAUGAGCUGACGGCCAGGCUGAAGCGGAUGCAGCUGGAGGCCGAUGCCAAGUUGCCGGCACGCACAGCCAAGCGGGUCAACGACCUGACGCCGAAGAGUCAUCUGAAAAAGUGGGUGGAAGAGCUGGAGGACGAGAUCAGCGAGAUGCGGGUGAUGCUCAGUUCGAGUGGCGCCGAUCAGGUCAAGGCCCUAGAAGCAGCCAAGGUAUCGCUCGAAGAGGAGCUGCAAAAGUCCAAGAAAAAGCUGGCCCUGGCCGAGGGCGAUGUCCAGCGACUGAAGCUCGUUAGUGGCUCAAGCAGCAAGGUCACCGAUCUGGAGCAGAAGCUGAAGCGCAGCGAUGAGGAUGGCAAGAAGCUCGGCACCAAGCUCAAGGAGCUGGAGGAGAAGCUCAAGAAGCAGGACGUCCAGCUGAAGCAGAGCGAGACAAACAAAUCCACCCUGGAGACACAGAGCAAGCGAGAGAAGGAGAAGCUGUCGAGCCUGGAAAAGGAUCUCGAAAAGCAGGCCAAGGAAAAGGAGAAGCUAGAGUCCAAGAUCCUCCAGCUGGAUACGGAUCUUCUGGCAGCCAAGAAGGCCGCGGAGAAGACCAAAUCCAGUCUGGAGAAGGACAUCAAGGAUCUGAAGACCAAGGCCAGUAAAUCGGACAGCAAACAGGUGCAGGACCUCAAAAAGCAGGUCGAGGACAUCCAGACUUCGCUCAGCGCCGAACAGAAGCGCAACGAGGAUCUCAACACCCACUGGGAGAAGCUGUCCGAGGAGACAAUCCUAAUGCGGGCACAGCUCACCACCGAGAAGCAGAACCUCCAGGCCGAACUCAAUGCCAGCAAGCAGAAAAUAUCGGAAAUGGACACCAUACGCAUCGAACGCACCGACAUGGCCCGCAAGCUGAACGAGGCGCAGAAAAAGAUUGCCGAACUGCAGGCCAAGACCCUAAAGACCGGCAACAGCAGCGACCACGAGCGUAGCAUGCUCAAGAACAAGCUGGCCGAGAAGGAGCACGAGUACGAGCGUCUGCGCAGGGAGAACGAGAUGAACAUCGAUCUGGUGUUCCAGCUGCGCAAGGACAACGAUGAUCUCAAUGGCAAACUGAGCGACUACAAUCGGAUCGAGCAGGCGCAGGUCUCGCUCAACGGACACGGCGCCAGAAGGGAUGCAGAGAUCAGGGAGCUAAAGGAGAAAGUACAGAGCACCGAGCUGCAGAUGAAAUCCGAGGUGGCCACCACACGUCUGAGAUACGAGCAACGUAAGAAUCUCAGCGGAGAGCUCAAUUCGAUGCAGCGGCAAUGUGAACGCUUCAAGAAGGAUCGCGACGCCUUCAAGCAGAUGUUAGAGGUGGCACAGAAGAAGAUCGGUGAUCUGAAGGCCAACAAUACGGGCAGACAGAGCCGGGGAUCCAUGCACAGCAGCGAUGAUGAUGACAAAAGCAAGAUUGCCUAUCUGGAGCAACAGAUUGGUCAUCUGGAGGAUCAGUUGGUGGAGUCACGCCUGGAGGGUAGCAAGGUGAAGACGGAGCUCGUGUCCGAGCGCAGCGCCAACGAGAUCAAGAUAUCGGAGAUGCAGUCGAAGCUGAACGAGUUCGAAGAGGAACGCGUCAUUGGCUCCGGGAGCACAAAGCUGCCGGGCAUGAAGACAAAGCUGGAGUUGUCCUGGCAGAAGGAGCGCGAGGAUCAGCAACGGCUGUUGCAAGAGACCUCCACCCUGGCCCGGGAUCUGCGACAGACUCUGUUCGAGGUGGAGCGCGAGCGGGACAAGGAGCGGCUGGAGUCCAAGCGUAAGCUGGAUCAGAUCAAGCGAGCCACCGAAGAGGAAAUGGAGGAGGGACGCAAGAAGAUCGCCGAGCUGCAGUGCGAUCUCCUCGAGCUGCGUGACGUCCAUGCCAAGCUGCGCACCUCCAAUGAGAAGCUAAGACGCGAACGCGAACGCUACGAGAAGGAACUGAUCAAGCGUCGCAUGGAGGCGGAUGGCGGUGAUCGCAAAGUGGGCGCCCUUCUGCAGACCGUUGACGAGCUGGUGAAGAUCGCUCCAGACCUGAAAAUGGCCCGAAGCAGCUACGACAACACCCUGCGUCCGGAGCAGCCGAAUGUGCGACGCAGUCGCAGUCCCUCGCCCACGCUGAGCAGCACACAGAUCAGCACCGUGCUGGCCCGGCUGGCCGAGGCCUCCGAGGAGCUGCGCAAGUUCCAGCGGCUGAACGAGGACGAGCAGGAGCGCAGUCGCAUACGGCGGGGCAAUCUGCGACGUGCUGCCUCGCAGGAGAACGAUCACCAUGGCAGCACCAGUUCGGUGGCCAGUGGGGCGGGCUCCCAGCGGGGCGGCGGUGGUCGUUUGUCCCGGAAUUCGGGCAACAAUGGCAGCCUCAUACGCAAGAGCCUGUCGCUGGACCACUCCAUACAAAGGGAUCAGAACAUUUGGCGCCAGGACGAUGGCAGUGUGUCCUCGAUGCAGUCCAUUGACUCUGAGCUGGGCGGUCUGGUGCGUGACUCCAGCCUGGACUCACGCCUCGACUCGCGCCUGUCUGGGGGCUCCACACAGAGCGACAUACCGCGAGGGCCACGAAAAAAGAAGAAGGGCAUCAUGGGCAAGCUGCGCAGCCUGACCAAAAGCAGUCGCAAUUCCGAGAGUGAAAUAUCGAUUCAAGGAUCCGACUCUGACAUCAGCGUUGCCAGCGACAUGAGAUCCAGCAAGAAGGAUCUGCGCGGACGUCUCUCUGGCAUGUUCAAGCGCUCGGGCUCGAACUCACGCAGCGAGAGCAUGGAACGGCCCGGCACCGAACACAGGCCAGUGGCCGUCACCGUUGUGGGACAUCCCGAUGGGCCCCAGCCCCGCGAGCCACCGCCUGCCAAUUCCCUGACACCCAGACCCAUACGUUCGAUCCCGAAACCGCCCAGUGGCACCAGUCCCGCCACACCCAGACGCCGUGUAGCCAAGUAGUAGUCAUCACAUCGAUUCGUAGGAUUCAUUCUAAUCAUAGCCAUACAAAUGUUCGUUCAAAUCACUCCCCCCAACUGCAGUUUACCAGACCCCACCCCUAUCAUGCCAUUUCAUUAGAUUUAUUCGUUGAUUUUUAAUGAUUUUACUUGAUUUUUAGUUUUUUUUAUGAAAUCUGCAACAAAAAUA